AUGAAUACUACUAUUUUAACUUCGAAAGAUUAUGUAGCUGAUAGUACUAAUUUCCCGGUCUGGAAUGGAUUUCAUCCUGGAAAAAUAGCAGAAGCAGUGAAUUCAGUACAAAAAUUGGAAAUUGAUAAUGUGUUUAACUCAUAUUCAGAACUUUGUCUCCAAUAUGAUACGUUAAGAACUUAUUAUGGUGCUAAUCAGGAUCAUUAUAAAGA